GUGUACAGAACAUACUGUCUAGCGACUAAACUAUAUACUACAGUCGUGCGGAAGUCUAUUUCCUAUAUGCACAUUAAUUAUUAUUAUUUGGGUGUGUUGCCAAUGGAUACUCUACUUCACGCAUUGCACACACAUGCGCGCACGCGCAUAUACUGGUAUACUUGUUUCAUUUUUACUAUUAUGUAUAAAUGGAUGAAAUGUCAAUCAAACCGAACGUUUCCAGCAAAAAACUCAAUCCUGGACAAUACAAUGGAGGUUGAUGAGACUGCCUGUCCAAAUGCAAACAAUUGUCUUGGAAUGUAUACAUGGAUAUAAGGUGGUUAGGUUUGGUGUACAUAAUAAUGUUAUCUAGCUGCAAUUUACAGAGUGUUGAACAAGAAGAAGAUAAUUUAAUAGACUCCAUGCACAACUACACAAAUUUGAAAAUAUUUUUGUGGUCCGGUUCUGGAGAUGGUUCAAAUGAACCAACACAAAUAUCAACAACUAAAAAAAUCCCAUCCUAUUCAGAAAAUCCCGAGGAUUGUAUAGGUGGGCAAGAUUGUAAUAUUCAACCAACGACGUCUAUUACGCCACAUCUCGGGGUUAUUGACAUUCCACAAACUGCCGAAAUACCAAACAAAGAAUAUUGGAUAGUAACAGAAUUAAAUUUCGACUCGCCAACGGAUGUUCGUAUUUCUAUACCAGUCAUAAAAGAAAAAUUGGCCAUCCUCUAUACGAUUGCUUUUACUAGACAACAGGCUCGGCAUCUCGGACUAAACUCGAACUGGACCGAGGAUGAAGUAAACUCAGAUCGGAAUCGAAGAUGGGAUACAAACGAAAAACCAAUUAAAGUCAAGGUAGACGUUCUAUCCGUAAUAAACAAAUUGGAUUUGGUUUAUUUCGUUAGCGUAAAUGACCAUCCCGUAUCUGCUGCAACGGCAGUACGUGACAUGAACCUUGUCACGACACGUGAAGCUGCUGAUCAUUUGGGAUAUGCUGUAAAAAUCAAAGCCCGACCUUACCUGGAUGGAUUACAGUUUCAAAAAGUGCGUGGUGUAAGUUAUGGCGAGAUUUGGAUAUUCAUCACCGCAACAUGUAUAAUUAUACUAGUACUCGUAACUGGCGUAGUCGUGGCGCAUAAGAAAAAAAGAAGAAAAAACAGCAUUAGCUCCGACAGGACUAACAUGGCGUUUUGUGAAAAUCAAACGCCUCAUCACGACGUAAAAACAGAAGCCACGUCUACUGAAGAUAUUGGUGCUCUUCACACGCCCGAACCAAAGCCAAGAAAUAGAAAUAAAAUAUCAAAUUCAUUGCUUUCGAUGCAGGCAGUUAAUAAAUUUCAAAAAGACUCGAUACCUGGACCGUUAACAGAUGUACUGGAUGGAUUUAAUGUUAGUGAAAAUAAAAAUACAUCACGCACAGUUACAAGGCACGAGAGUAUUGGUGGUCAAGAUCCUGGAGUGGUUGGACCUAUAGUUUGGGAUUUACACUGUAAACAAAUGAAAAUAAAAAGUAACGAACAGGAUGACGAUUCGUGUUCGAGUUUUGACGCUUUCAACGCCAUGGACACUAAUGUCACAAAAAUGCGACAGAAAUUUCACGAAUUACUUGACGAUGCAUUCACGUUGUUCGGCAGUCGAAACUCGAGUUUGAACAGCGACGAAAGUAACCCGUCAAUAAGUAACCAUGAACAGAGAUCAAAAUCAGCUCCAUUUAGGUGUUCAGCCACUUCCAGCGGACGGCCGACCGGCCGGCCCAAGACGUCGGCGGACUCGAGCGGCCGGGCCGCGGACAACGACCAGCUCGCGGCACCGGCGACCGCGAGCCCGUGCUGGGCGCUGUCGCCGGGCGAGGCGUGGGCCGGUUCGGACCAGUCGGUGUUCGUGCCGCGGCCGCUGAGCGCCGGCCCGUUCCACCGGCCGGCCGUGCGCGCUGAGUUCAUCAGCUCGGACGCCAACCUGUCCCCCCAGGACCCCGCCGUGCCACUCAUCGAGGCCAUACGAAAGGAACUGGACAGAUUCCCUUCGCCGCACGCCGACUCGUCCCGGUGACUCAUAUUAUAUACGCACACGCGUACGCGCCGCAGUGUUAUUCUGUGCCGAUCCAUUAUUAUUAUUAUUAUUAUUAUUAUCGUCAUCGAUCGUCGCCCGUGCGCGCACGUACACACAUAUGCUUGUCCGAUGUGGAUUAAUCCACCUCGACUGCACCCGUGCGACGAACCCCCUCGCGUCGUCGCCGCCGCCGCCGCCGCCACCGCACGCAGAGACGAUGAUUCAUCGCCGACGAAUGAUACGAUUAUUAUUACAAUAUUACCUAUAUGAUAUUAUUAUACAUUAUUAUUAUUAUUAUUAUUAUUAGCCUCGGGCAUCCUUAGUCCUUCGCCAGUUUUACGCGGCACAUCACGUCGUGACGUAUAUACUUAUAUUGUGUAAUUUCCUUCACCCCGUAUACGUACAUGAUGGUAUUAUUAUAUCUAUAUAAUAUAAUAUCAUGUAAACGCCUAUGAGUUGGUUCCCACCCAUAACCGAAUCGGUUCCCGGAAAAUUUUCAUCGGGUGACAUGCGAGUCGGUUCCGAAAAACUUUCAUUAUAUAAUUAUUAUACAAAACUGUGAUGAAAUUAAAUCUUUCAAUAUCGUAAUAGGUAGUUCUAUAGGUGUACGCGGACUAUAGCCCACAACGCACUCAGCAUAAGUCAGUCCGUGUACAAUAGAACGAUAUUCAUAAUAAGCUAUAUUUUCCGUACUUGUCGUAAUAAUAAAACGUGUAUAUUAGUAUAUUAUAAUAAUUGUGUCAAGUCUAAACCAAUAUUAUAUAUUAAGUCGAAGAUAAUUAAAAUAAAUAUUAAUAAAAAAAAAAUAAUGUUGUACACGUUUAUUACGCGAUGUACAUUAUUUACAAAUCGUAUAAACUCGACAUCAUUGGCAGUGAUUCAAUUUUUACAUCUGUUCACCAAUUAACUUUCCCAUUUCAGCUGUUUUUCUUGAAUUUAAUUUAAGUGUGUGCUCCUUUGUGUCUGUGAUGCGUUUCACAUUGGAUUUAUUUCCAAUUAAUAAAAAUAUAUUUGUGCGGAGGAAUACAAUUCUAGAUCAAAUUUUCUGUCUAACAAUACACAAAAUAUUGUAAUUCGUUCUAAAGUAAAUAAAUAUUCGGCUCACAUUUUUAGUGGAAAAUCACAGUCAUCACAUUUUAAUAAUAACAUCUAUUUUUACGCAUGGGUACCGAUUCCGCGUAUUAUCUUAUUAUGUUAUUUAUGGCUUAUAUAGAUUAUUAUUUUGGACAGUUUACUCCCAACUAAGUUGUAAGACUUCUCUCGUUAAAUUACGUUAUAUAAUUUGUUUUGAAACUAUUGUAGCAAACUGAAAACAUAAAAAUCUAAUCGGCUAGGUAGACAUCUUUGAAAUUUAAUUCAGUGUGUCCUGUAACUCAUUAUAGGAUGACUACGCGCCAUUUGUUGUGUCUUUCUGUCCCACGGUUAAAUAACAUAGGUAAUUUCCAUUUUCAUUUAUCCGUUAAUAUUAUGGUGAAUUAAACUAAAACCAACUUUAAGGUUAGAAUAAUGAAUAUUAUUUGUAUUUGUCUUGUACGUUGAAUUAUUUUUGCGACAUUGGAAAUUUCAUGCGAGUUAUCAUAAUAAAUACCUAUGUAAAAUAUUACAAUUUAGAAAUGUCUAUAUACAUUGCAAAAAUCAAACUUACAAACUCAGAUAAUGUUCUUAACUUUAAGUUUGAUAACAGCCAACAGAUCAUUUUAUAGCAUACCAUUAAUUAUAUUAUACGCUAACAACAUUAGAUUGGUUUUUCUGUACGACACAGUUAAACGCAAAAUUGCUCAGAGAAAAAAAAACAAAUUAUGCGCUGAUAUCCUCUUAAUUUUGAAAUCUAUUCUAGUUUUAUUCUUAAUAGGUGAUUGCAAUAACAAAUGCCAAAAAGUUGUAUUCUACUUAAUGUUCGCGAAGUUUUUAACUCUACUAUAUACAAUAUUAGUUUUGAAUCUACUGCGGCAAACUUAAAUUAUUUUAAUUUCUAUUUUCUAAUGAAAAAUAUGGUCAACCCAACUUACUAUAGAUCAGGUAUUAUCUAAAUAUCACAAUAUUAUUUUGUAGCACUAACUUAAUUUCGAAUGAGUUUAAUUUUUAUUUAAACGAUUGCCUAAGCCAAUAAUAGUCAUGUUUUUGAAUUUAUAGUUGCAUAUUGCUUAUUUGAAUAAAAUUAAUUCAAUUUUUUUCGAUUCAUUUUAGAUGUUAAACUCUUUUCGUACACAUUUUAACGUGAACCUUUAAACAAAUACAAAUAAAAUACAUUUUUCUAUAAACUCUUCAAAAUGUUUACUCAUAUACAUUAGGUAUAUAUUUAUGUAAUGUAAAUUUAAAUGGAGUCAAUAAGAGCAAUAAAAUAUAAUUUACAUUUUAAAUUAUAAGGAAAUAAUUUAAAUUUUAAGUAUUAAAAAAAAUCAGUGAAUUCUUAAUUUACAAGUUUUAUAUGACAAAAUAUUGGAUAAACGGAAAGGAAGUUAAAAAAGGAGAAAUCUUGUAUAAUACAUAAAAACGAAAAUAUAUGUUAUGUAAAAUAUUCCAAUAGUAAAAGAACAAUUCUCAAAUUCAAAUAAAACAUUAAAACAUACCUACUAAAGUAACAGUAAUAAUUAUUAUUAUAUAACACUAUUUUGUUAAUAUAAUUCUAUAUAUAAUAAUAGGCUAAAUUAUAUGCUGGGGCAAUUAAGAUAAGUAAAUAGAUGCAAAUCUGAUUAACUUAGAAGUUUGAAAUUAAUCAUGGGAUAAAAAUGUCUUGUACCAAUAUAAAUUACAAAAUGUUUAUUCAUUUCAAAAGCGCGGUUUUGUUCAAUAUACCAUACUAUACAAUUAUAUAAUUUUUACCAAUAAAAGCAGUACAUUAAUAUAUUGCUGUAUACGUUAAAUUUACAUAUUGUAUAAUAAAUAAUAAUACAAAUUUAUUGUCAUGUUAUCUACAUUUACGUCACACAUUCAAAUUUCAAUCACAGUGCACAUGUAUUGUCGAAAAGAUAAUUUCGGCGCUUGUUUACUCUUAUAAUCUAUGCUUUCGUAGUGUUUUGUUGCAAGAACGCUGAUCUCAAAAUCAUUAAUUUAUUUUUGGAGAAUUAACAUCAAAACAUUUUUAAAAAUAAUAUCAAUACUCUAAAGUUUACUACAUAUUGCAGUUGUUAAAAUAUUAAAAACUAUUUACAAAUGUUGAUGAGACUUUUUUUUGUAAGCUUUAACUCAAAAAUUAUACCAGCGUUUUUGAAACUAGCCACAUAUAAUACUCAUAUAUUGUAUAUAUUAUUUAUUAUGUAUUAUGUAUUUCUGUACUAUAAUUUAUGUAUUUGUGCUCAUUUACUAUUUACGAGUGAAUCAUCUACAAUUUCCCGUAAACUUAUCUCUUCAUGUGUACAGAUGUUGGACGAUCAGAAUAUUAAGCAAAAAUAUUAUACAAUACAUGCGAAAAAUAUACGUUUUUAUUAUUAUAUAAACGCGCUCGCGAUAAAUCCAUUGGUAAUAAAGGCCAUAACAUUCACGUGCAUAAUAUAUUUCUGCAAUAUCCCAUACUGCCAUAUAUAAUGUAUGAUUAUGAAUAUAUUUAUUUAAUGAUAUAUCAUGCUAAAAACAAUAUUUAUAUUGUUUUUAAGCGAACCAUGAUCAAUGAUAAAACUUAAGUGUUAAUAAUAGUGUUAUAUAUUAAUAUUAUAAAUGUACACGUACACACAUUAUACAUUUAUGCAAUUAUAUAUACAUAUGUGUAAUUAUAAUAGGCAUUUAUGGACAAUCAUGAAAUAAUUCAUAAUCAAAUAUGUUGGUUUGUAAUCUAAAUUAUAUUUUUAUCUAAAAUUCUAUGUGUUAUACGGAUUUUAUUUUGAAUAUAAUAUAGAUUUUUAACCUUUACCUUUAUAAUAUAAUUUGUAAUACAAUUAUAAUAUUAUGUGUUCCAUUUUACUAUUUCUGUAAAUAUUAAAUAAACAUCAUUGUACGAUAUAAAUUUACUGUAAUAUGUACUCUGUAUAAUGUGACAAUGUGCCUAAUAGCGGUGCGAUUAUAAAAUAAAACAAUACAACAUUACAACCCAUCAA